AGCAUUCGAAAAUUGUUUUACUUUUGGGAUGUUGCAUAACUCUUAUGCUUGCAUUCUUGCUAUUUCAAGUCUCUAAGAGAACUCGUUCUCGUGACCCAUCGGUCUAUCUCACUGUUAGUGGAGACAGCGAAACUAGCAAUACGCUAACUUUGCAAGAAUCUGGGAAACGGUUUGAACUUGUAAGAGACGCUAUCUACGACAGGUGCAAGAGUUUCCGACAACCUCUUUCCAAACGGCAACUUCAAGUUCUGUACGCCCGUCUCAUCGUAAACGACCAUCACAAGGCUAUCUACUGUCCCGUAUGGAAGUCGGGCUCGACCUCUUGGAGAGCAGUCAUGCUCGUCCUAAACGGCUCGUUCAAGACUCUCGACGAGGCCGUCAAGUCUAUCUACGCACUCAGAGGGCUGACGACAUUCAAAUCGUACAAAAACAGAUCAGAAAUCGAAUUUAGACUAAGUAAUUACAAAAAGUUCAUGAGCUACAGAGAGCCCCUUAAUCGUUUUGCAGCCGACUACUUGAUGUUGCGAACGAGAUCUCGGAGUCAUGACGCACAGAGUAAGAGAGCAGUACAAUACGCCGACUCCGUGAGAGGACAUCCCCAUCCUCAACAUCCGUGGCAAAAUAUGAGCAUCCAGGACUUUGGCACGUAUGUAGUGCGUUUUGGCAACGAGACAACAGGACUAGAUAAGCUAGACAAACAAUGGAUACCACAAAAUCUAGCGUGCCAUCCGUGCCACAUUCAAUAUGAUUACUACAUCGAUAUGGAGAGUUCGACUGUCAACGAAGACAUUCAUUACAUUCUAGCAAUGAUAGGCGCUGAUUGGCUGAAGAUGCCUCAUGUGAAUCCUACGACUAAAGACAAAAGUCCGUAUUUGUCCCUACUUUCGGAAUCGAUGUACAAUCGCCUUCUGUCUGUUUACUACAAUGACUACGAGAUUUUUGGUUUCAAGAGACCACGCAGAAAGGAGUAGAUAGCAGCACUCUCUAGCUACGCAUGUAUGCGUUUCGAUCAAACCAAAGACUUGUCAGUACGUUUUCGAGGUAUUUGUAUGCUAGGGUUACUCAAGUUGGUACUCCUACUGGCAGGCGGAGUCUUUUUCUAGAUUGUCUGAC